AUGGCCGAGUCCGAGUCACUCCUCGCACCCAAACAGCAGGAGGAUUAUGCCGUGGAGUCCCAAUUCUUCGGCUGGCUUGUCACCCUUGACAAAGUUGCCGACAUCGACCUUCGUAUAGAUUGCAAUCCCUUGACCCAUGAGGACACUGAUUUGGCUCAGAAGGCUGCCUGUGGAGGCGCACUCACCUGGAAGCUGAAGCAAUUGACCAACAUCAACACCAUUAGGGUCAGAUCUGCUUAUGCAGAUUAUGAUGUGGACCGGGCACUCAAAAAUAGUGUCUUCGAUGCUGUCGAGGUCAUAUCGUGCUAUGAACGAGGUAUCCUUUGGCCGCCAACAAGGGCACAAUAUGACGAACUACUCUCGAUAUUGAAAGAAUUUGGAAUUGAGGAGGUGAGUGGACGGUGGUUUGUUCAGAGGGAUGUGGGUCUGGCCGUCACGAAGAAGUAUGGCAUCAAAUAG